AUGGAAAACACCCACGUUGACGAAGAAGCUGUUGACCAGCCUGAAGCCGCCGGCGGCACCGACCAUGCGGCUCCUAAGAAACCGCUCGGAUAUCGGUUCUGGAUAGCCUUUUGGGCUGUCGCCUUCACAAAUCUAGCGGCAGCGUACGAUUCCACCACGCUCUCCGUGGCUAUACCGGCAAUAUCCAUGGACCUUGGUGGUUCGUCCAUACAAGCAUUCUGGGCCGGCACUUCGUAUCUCCUAGCAACAACCAUUUUGAUGUUGAUCUGGGUCACACUGAGCGAUGCAUUUGGCCGCCGCCCAAUUAUUAUUAUAGCGUUAUUGAUAUUUGCAGUGGGUGCUAUCGUCUGCGCUCUUGCACAUAACUGGACACAAAUGCUCGCUGGACGGACAGUUCAAGGACUCGGUGGAGGUGGGAUUAUCGCCUUAACCACCGUGCUGGUAACAGAUAUGGUGCCGCUACGGGAAAGACCGAAGUUCUUUGCAUGCAUAAGUGCAGUGUGGGCCGUGGGUAGCACGACUGGUCCCAUCAUUGGCGGCGUUUUGGCACAGGUGGGAGCCUGGCAAUGGAUAUUUUGGCUGAAUCUUCCGAUAAUUGCGAUUGCCAUGGCAGGGAUCAUUCCAUUUCUGCGGCUCUCUUCCUAUCCUCGAACUUUGGCCGAACGCCUUGCGCUCUUCGAUUAUCCUGGAUCAGCAUUGUUUAUUGCUUCACUUACUUCGUUCCUCAUACCUGUCACAUGGGGUGGUGUGCAGUAUCCCUGGAGUAGCUGGCAUACUCUGGUAUCAUUGAUACUCGGAGCAGCCGGCCUCGGAGUGUUUGGCAUCUAUGAGUUCCUAUCUAGGUCGUGGGCUGGAAAGAUGCCUGUCUUUAUACCCCCAAACGUCUUCAGAAACCGCUCAGUCGGUAUUCUGUAUGUUGGCAGCGUUUUCCAUGGCCUCGUCCUGUACAGCAUCGUGUAUUACAUGCCAGAGUAUUUUCAGACCGUGAAAAACUACAGCCCCCUAAUUUCCGGUGUAUUGGGACUUCCACAAACUGCAACCAUUGUUCCAUGUUCGGUUGCCGUGGGCGUCGCAGUUGGGGUGACCGGUAGAUACCGCUGGGCCGUAUGGGCUGGUUGGGCGCUCACCUGUUUCGGAUUGGGGCUUCUAAUCCUCUUGGAUGUGCGCACAACCGUCACACAAUGGGUGUUUUUGGCGGCAGUUUCAGGGCUGGGAAUCGGCUUGCUCUUCCCAUCAGUUCCCCUAGCGAUCCAGUCAUCUGUGCCACAGGAGGACGUCGGCAUGGCUGCUACCUUGGUGCAGUUUUUCCGAUCAUUAGGGCAGGCCCUUGGGGUCGCGAUCGGAGGAGCAAUUGUUGAUAAUCGGCUACGGGUAAACCUUGCUAAGGCUGGCUUGUCAGACCAGCCGGCCUCACUCAUCAGGCUGAUAAGAGUGCUUAAAGAGCUCCCGGUUAACGCACCGUUAGCCGUUGCCUUGAGGAAUGCUAUGUCCAAGUCAUUCCGGACCAUCUGGAUCGUGAUGUGUGCCUUUUCGGCUAUGAACCUCUUGCUCAGUUUUCUAAUUGCGGAGUAUAGUAUGAACCAGGAGCACAAGACGGAGCAACGGUUCAUACAUGAGAAAGAUGAGCACCUCGACUCAAACAAGGGCUCGGAGGGCAUAUCCUCAACCCGUAUGUCUGAUAGCCAGUAG